AUCUCUAACGUGAACGUGGAAGAGACUGGAAUGAAAAACACACGUCAAAAUUCUGAACUCUAGGCCAAAAACAAAAAUAAAAAAGUAUUUAAAUGCACUUGAUCUAAAUUUGAAGAGUUUCUUUGUAAGCUUCGUACAACAAGUAGUCCAUAUUCAGCUUUAACUGCCAAAAAGCAUAACUGCUGACUGUAAUUGCGGAGCAAUAAAACAUCAGGCGCAGGCACAGGCGAAGCCAGCCACGAAAACAAUUUACAAUCCAUAAUAAAUUAGUAAGGUGAAUUGGUGCAGCGUAGUCACGAAUAAUACCAUGUCUAACAAUGCAGUGGGACCCACGAAACAGGAAAUCGAGGCAGUAUUCAGUCGCCUGCGGGCGCUGCCAGCUAAUAAGUCAUGCUUCGAUUGUGCCACGAAGGCACCUACAUGGUCCUCUGUCACGUACGGCAUUUUCAUAUGCAUCGACUGCUCCGCUGUGCAUCGCAAUCUCGGCGUGCACUUGACCUUUGUGAGGAGCACCAACCUGGACACCAACUGGACGUGGUUGCAGCUGCGGCAAAUGCAGCUGGGUGGCAAUGCGAACGCUGCUCAGUUCUUCCGUGCCCACAACUGCACCAGCAGCGACGCCCAAGUUAAAUACAACUCGAGGGCGGCUCAGCUCUACCGGGACAAGCUGGCGGCACUUGCUCAGCAGGCGAUGAAGGUUCACGGCACCAAGCUACAUUUGGAUCCGGCGGCGGACAAGAACGAUGGCAACGAGGCCGGCAGAGAGGACCAGGAGGAGGAGGACUUCUUUGCCCAAUGCAAUAACAACAACGCCAAUGCGCACUUGGAGAAUAAUAACGUUAGCGCCACGGUCAGCAACAUGAAGUUGGACGCUAAGCCUGCUGCUGGACCUACCGUUGCAACUGGCGAGCCCAGUGUCGAUCUACUCAAUACGGUCGUUGCUCCUUCAGCGGUUCCCUCGUCCAUUGGCGUUCGCAAGAUACAGCCGAAGAAGGGAGCACUGGGCGCUCGCAAGGUCGGAGGGCUGGGUGCAACGAAGGUAACCACGAACUUUGCGGACAUUGAGGCGCGCGCCAAUGCGGCCAACGAGAGUAAAACGGCAGCUGCUCUUGCCGGAUCCACUGAAAAGCCACAAACCGCAGAGGAGGAGUUGGAAACUGUAGCUAGCAUGCGGUUGGCAUAUCAAGAUCUGUCGCUUCAAAAGACACGAGAGGAAGCUAAGCUAAAAAGCAUCGAUCCUGCCAAGGCCAAGCAAAUGGAGCGGCUGGGCAUGGGCUUUAACUUGAGGGGCUCUGACGUAGCGCACUCCGCUUUAAGCGACAUGGAAACCAUUCAGCAGUCGGCUGCGCCUAAGGUCAGCUCCCAAAGCAAGCUGGCUGCCCUGGAGAAUGAUAAUUUCUUUAAUGACCAUUCGCUUAAUUUGUACGGCGGCGGUGGCGAUAAGAAGGAGAGCUCCAACAGCUCCAGCAAAUUGGACAAAUUCGAGUUGGAUGCGUUGGGCUACGAGACAAUUGAACCUAUUGGAACAACGCAUAGCAACAUCACGUCCAUGUUUGCGGCCAGCAGUGAUUACGACAAGCCCAGUCCAAGGAGUACUGCAGCAGCUUCCAGCAAGAGCAAAAGCAAAGGCACUAACCCAAAUGAUCCUGUCAUUGCACAGCAAAAGUUCGGCAACUCCAAGGGCUUUGGCUCCGAUCAGUACUUUGCGAACGAACAAUCCGCGGCUGAUAUCAGCGCCAAUCUAAAUCGUUUCCAGGGCUCGCGUGCAAUAUCUUCCUCCGACUACUUCGGAGAUGGCACCCCAGGCGGUAGCACGAGCGGUCGUGGCAGCGGUGGCUAUUCGACCGGCGUGAAUUUUAAUGCACCGGAUUUGGACGAUGUGAAGGAAAGCGUACGCCAGGGCGUGCACAAGGUGGCCGGCCGGCUGAGCAACUUGGCCAACGAUGUUAUGACGUCACUGCAAGACAAAUAUGGUUACUGAUAGAGCGACAGCGCCAAUACCCUUCGGAGUUAAUCAUUACGUUUUAUUUAAAAAUCACUCCAACUUAGUAAUAUACCUAAAAGUUAUAAAUAAUUCCAAGUCAACAGCUGAGUGGCGUUGAGAUAUAGGUUCAGUUUCAAAGGUUCUUGUUAGCAGAAGAAGCAAACCCUGAUGUUAAACGUAGUGUCUUCAAAAUCCAUAUUAAAGAUGCAUGCAUCGCAGAUUUAGUGCAUUAUCCUCAGAAUUAUAAGCAAAGUUAAUUAAACACAUUAUAUCGCAAUUGUGGAACAAGCAUUAGCUCUUAAGUCGGAAUGAUAGCUGCUGUUUUUGUAUGAAAUUUUGUUCAUUAUUAUUUUCUUAUUUUUAUAUAAAACAUUUAUCGUUUAUUAACCCCCCUCACAUUGGUUCCAAAUUAGGUUUGAUCUUCGUUUUAUACAUACAU